UACAUGGAAGCAGAAAACCACACAGAAGUAUCAGAAUUCUUCCUCCUGGGCUUUUCAGAAGAUCCUGAACUGCAGCCCUUUCUCUUUGGGCUGUUCCUGUCCAUGUACCUGGUCACUGCACUCGGGAACCUGCUCAUCAUCCUGGCCAUCAGCUCUCACUCCCACCUCCACACCCCCAUGUACUUCUUCCUCUCCAUCCUGUCCUUUGUUGACAUCUGUUUCACCUCCACCACGGUCCCAAAGAUGCUGGUGAACAUCCAGGCACAGAGCAAAGACAUCUCCUAUGCAGGGUGCCUCACUCAGGUGUUUUUUUUCAUGAUGUUUGGAGGACUAGAUAAUUUUCUACUGACUGUGAUGGCCUAUGACCGCUACGUGGCCAUCUGCCACCCCCUGCACUACACAGUCAUCAUGAACCCCCGCCUUUGCAUCCUGUUGGUCCUGAUGUCUUGGUUCAUCAUUUUCUGGGUAGCCCUGGUUCACAUUCUACUGAUGAUGCGGUUGACCUUCUCUACAGGCACUGAGAUUCCACAUUUCUUCUGUGAACUGGCUCAGCUUCUCGAGGUGGCCUGCUCUGAUACCCUUAUCAAUAACCUCUUUGUGUAUGUGAUGACUGCACCACUGUGUCUGUUUCCCAUCACGGGAAUCCUCUUCUCAUACUCUAAGAUAGUCUCCUCUUUAAUGAAGAUGUCCUCUACUGCAGGCAAGUAUAAAGCAUUUUCCACCUGUGGCUCUCACCUCUCUGUGGUCCUCUUGUUUUAUGGAACAUCACUUGGGGUCUACCUGAGUUCUGCUGUGACCCAUUCUUCCCAGGGAACCUCAGUCACCUCAGUGAUGUACACUGUGGUCACCCCCAUGCUGAACCCCUUCAUCUACAGCCUAAGGAACAAGGAUGUGAAGGGGGCCCUGGGAAGAUUCAUCUGCAGAACAGACUCUUAUCUGUGA